GCUCCCAGUUGGGCUUUGCGCGCGAUCCACCGCUCGGCCUUGGAGAUCUCUCGCCCGAUUGCCGGAGCAUCCCACUCAUCCAACCCGCCCCCCCCGCCCCAUCAUCCACUCCCGGGUGGUGGCGGUGGUGGGGAAUGCAGGAGGAUGAACCCGGGCUCCGGAGGGUUGGGGACGGCGGAGACCCCCGAGGCUGCGCGCGGGGCCCAGCAUGGAGCCCUCGGCACGGCUGGUGCGGCCCUCACAGCGCUGGACCAGGUGACCUUUGAGGACGUGGCCGUGGAGUUCUCGUUGGAGGAGUGGUCUCUGCUGGAAGGCAGUCAGAAGGAUCUCCACCAGGAAGUGAUGCUGGAGUUGUGCUCUUUGCUUCUUUCACUCGGUCACUCGGUCCCCAGCCUGGAUUUCUCCUCCUUGACCUGCCAGCCAGCCAGGAACGCCCAAAGACCCCCGCCCAGCUGGAGAAGGUGGCUGCCUUUGGCGGCGGGAAGCGACCAAAUCCGCCGUGAAGAGCCCCCUUUCCCAGAGCCCAUGGAAGGACCCUGCAGCCUGGAGCCGGAUAAGGCUGAGGAGCACCUGGACACAACGAGCAACGUGGAGGGUAAGGAUCAAAGCAGCCACCACCUCUGCGCGCUCAUGAAGCUGGUAAAUGAAAUCCCAGAGUUCCUUUGCAGACCCGCACACACGAGCCUGGAUCGAUCCACGCCUGCUGGGGGCAGCGAGAGCAGAGGGCAUGCAAGUGCCGUCGUCCAGCUGAAGAGUUCCCCAUCCUUCCGGCGCCUUGAACCCUUGGCCGACUUGGUUUCCCUGAACGUCUCCAGCCCAGCGGGGACCCCCAGUAACAGCCCUGAGGGAGAAGGGUCAGAGCCCACCUCCCAAGGCACAUUUGCCCCCUGCAGUACUCAAGGAUGGAAGGGGACAGGACCGUUGCAUCAAGCCCAACAGCCACAAGAUCCAAAAUUCAGAUGCUUGGAGACGGACUCCUACUUAUGA